UUUUAUUUAUGCAGCAUGCCGCCAGCAGGGCUCCGCGUAACGCUGUUGUUUGGUAGGUGCAGCCGCUCAGCGUGUCCGCCAGGUGUCAGUAGCGGGGCUCGUGCUGUCUGCGGAGCUGCAGCAGAAGCAGCGCUGAAGGUGAGCGCGAUGGCGGCGAGGGCGAUCGGCGGUAAUUUGGCUAAAACUCUGCGGGAAAUCCGCCUCCAGUUCUGCCAGACCGGCCGGGACAGCCUGGGAGCCCGGCAGUUUGUUGAACAGUACUAUGUGCCGCUGAAGAAGGCGAACCCCGAGUUCCCCAUCCUCAUCAGAGAGUGCUCUGGAGUUCAGCCCAAACUGUGGGCCCGAUAUGCUUUUGGUAAAGAGCGAAGCGUCGCGCUGGACAACAUGAGUGCAGAGCAGGUGGCAAAAGAGCUCGAGAAAGUCAUCAACUUAAAGCCAUGAGCCUCUUCUACAUGUUUCCUGCUUCUUGUUUGUGUACAAUUGUAAUUAAUAAAUGCAGAUUUGUGUUAAAAUAAAUGAUAAUCUCAAACUACAAA